AUGCAGCGCCGGGGCGGCAGCAACGACAGGCCGGAAGACCCUCUAGCCGAAGAGCUGCGAGAAAAGACCCUUGCGCUCAUUUCAGUUCAACGUAACUAUGAAAGUAUAUCUCGACUCAUGCAGCUCAAGCAACAGGAGCUUGAGCAGAUUCAGACCACGCUAGCAGCCGAGCAGGCCACCAGCGUGAGCCUCGGGGUGCAGCUGGAGGAGAGCCGGGGCCGAUGUGCCUCCCUGGAGAAGCAGCUGGAGGGGCUGAAGAAGCUGCCGGCCAUGGUGGCGGAGCUGGAGGCUGAACGUGAGUCCCUGAAGCGGGAUGCGGCGCAGGCCAAUGUCCGGGCGCUGGCGCUGCAAGAGGCCAUGAAGGGGUUACGGCAUUCCUUAGAGGAGGAGCAGCACAACAACGAGCGCCAGCGACAACAACUGGAGGUGGCAGGGCAAGAGGACACCAUACGAGGUCUGCAGGAUGAAGUACGCACUCUGACCCAGCUCAGCCACGAGCUCCGCUCCGCCGCACACGCGAGCGAGGUGGCCCUGGCGGCCGCCCGGGGCACCCAGGCGGUGCUGGAGGCGCAGCUGCGCGGCGCCCAGAGGUCCGGGGAGGUGGGGCGGCAGCUGCAGGAGGAGCUGGCGGCCAAGCUGGCGGCGGCGGAGGGGGCACUGGCGGCGAACAAAUCGGCGAUGGACUCCCGAGAGGAGGAGAUGUCUCAGCUGCGCACCCUGAUGAAUGACCUAGAGGAGAGGUACCAGGCCAGUUUGUCCGGCAAGCUGGCGGCAGACGAAGUCAGUAAUGGCCUGCAAUUGCAGCUGGCACAGACCCGUGGGUCAUUGGUGGAUGCCAGGAGGCGCGCCGCUGCCGCAGAGCAGGAAGCCGCGCGCACGGCAGCCGAGGCGGCGGAGGCGAGCCGUGCUGCCGCCGCCCGUGCCGCCAAUGCCGCCCGACUGGUUUCUGCCGUACAGUACCGCGCCUCGGAGGUAGGGGGUCUGCUUGCUGCCCGUGUGGAUGCGGUUUCGGAGCGACUUCUGGGCCGGCUGGAGGAGCGGCUUGGGAGGGGGCUGGCGGAGGAGGCGGAGAGGGUGGAUAAGGCCCUGACAGGGACACUGCUAGUGGAGCCUGACGCCUGGUUGCGGUUAUGGGUUGCGUUUGCGGUUAUAUCGUACGCACUUCCGUACAUGUGGUUGCGAAAUGCGCAGGUUCGCGGUGACGCCGCGGCUCUCCGUUCCCGUGUUGAGGAGCUUACGGGGGCUCUGGCGGGGGAGGUGGCGGCCAGGCAGAUGCUGGCGCAUAGCAAGGCCGCCAUGGAGGCGGAGCACCGGGCUGCGCUGCAGGCCGCCCAGACCGCAGCUGACGAGCGAGUGGAGGCGGAACGUCAACGUCUGGGAGCCCGGCUGAAGGCGGUGGAGGAGGAGGUCGGGCGGCUGACUCACACCCACCAAAGGGAGACCGCCGCAGCCGCGCGAGCCUGGGAGUCUGAGCGGCAGCAGUUGGUUAGGCGGUUGGACGAGCUGAGUACGGAACUGGCCCGGGCGCGGGAAGUGAAUGCGGACCACUCCAACGCCCUGGCUGUGCUGCACACGCAGCUCAAUGCGGAGUUGCAGGCCGCUAAGGAGCAGUACGACAGGGAGCUGAAGCAGUACAGGGAGCAACUGGACUCGGUCCGUACCCACGUCCGAGGCACCUGGUCCACGUGCUCCCGCCUAGCCACCGACCUGGCUCUGGUAGCCCGCCACCUCGCCCGUAUGGGGGUGGGGCUGCCUGACGGGGCGGGAGAGCUGCCCGCGGGGUUACACGGGGUGGGAGAUGACGGCAGUGGCGGGUUGUUGGAGCAGUUGGCCGCUGCCGUACGACUAGGGUUUGGUCAGCUGGCUGAGGGGGUGCAGGGGAUGGUGAGGCGGCUGCAAACCCUGCAAGCACAGAACCUGGAGUUGGAGGCCAAGUCGCCCGUUACCCUGGUCCCUUGCGGCCACACCUUCUGUCGGCGCUGCCUCACAAAUGCCAACGGGCUGUGCAGCGAGUGCGGCGCCGACAUGCCGGCGGCGGUGACGGUGGCCAAUUCGCCGCUGGACGCCAUCUGCGCUAAGUAUGAGUUGAAGAGGAGCGCCCUGGCGGCCAUACAGCGCGCGUUGCAACAAGCAGGGGAAGGCGCAGCAGCCGGCGGCGGUGGCGGCUACGGGCAUGGCCAUGGGCAUGCUGGACGAGCGAGUGGGGUGGUGGCGGCUGCGCCGCCGCCGCUGGCCCACAUUCCCGCAUCCUGGUGGCGGCGUCCCCUCCCCUCCGCCAUCCUCAUCCUCAUCCUUGCCCGCAUCCCCACCCUACUCUUUCCGGCUCGCACCCUGGAGCGGGCCACAAAGCGGCCGCGGAAUGCGGACCCCGCGGAUGAGGUCCCCUUGGAACCCCCCCGGACCAGGGGGGGAUCCCCCCCCGCGGGAGCCGCUGCCGCCGCAGCACUCGCCGGUGCCGCCGCAGGGGCAGGGGCAGGGGCGGGGGCGGAGGCAGGUCCCCCACUAGCCGGGGCGCCCAUGUCCGUGCUGCCCACCGCACUGCCCGAUUGGGCCCGGGAGGCCUUGAAGGGAGUGGACCCGUUCUGGCAGCCCAAGGAAACCCUGGCAGUGAUUGUGACACGGCAAUCUGCUCCCGCCCCGGGUACCCACGGCCAGCUGCAGUGCGCCUCCGCGCUGUUCACCGUAUCGCCUUCGGCCUUGGAAGCCGUCGCAGAGAGAAGGGCGCAGGCCCGACUGGCCGACCAGGCAGUGGACUUGUCCGGAGGUCUGGUGCGAGGUGCCAACCGACUGACGCUGUUGUGGCCGGUGGGGGCGGCGGGAGCUGUAGCGGCACUGCGGCUCUGUGAGCCCACGUCAGCCGCCGACCUGCGCCGCAAUCUGCCACCGCCGCUGCCGCUGACAGAGGCAGUGGCGCUCGUGCAGACCUGGGUGUGCCCCGCCACGGGCCGACUGGGAGACCUGGGGGACUUGAGGCCCCACGCCUUCCUCUCCGCCGUCAUGCGCACUCUGGAGCACAACGGCAUACAGCGCCGGGUAGAGGCGAUCGAGGUGGCGCCGGACGGCGGCUGGCGGCCCAAGGACAGCCGCCUGCCCUUCAUGUCGGUGCUGGACGCAGACCCGCGCGACCCAGCAGUUCGGUCGCUGCCGUCGUUCGACGUGCGACUGUUGGAGCCAGAGGACGACGGCGGGCGUGACGUCGUGGAUUUAACCGACGACUGA